GCCGCCCAAGUCCGCCACUUUCCGCUCUGUGUCUGCCCAUUGCCACGAUCCGGGAGGACUCCGCGCCGCCGGGCCGCCUCCGAGCGCGGGCCCCAUGUGAGGGCCGCCUCCCCCCCCCAUCCCACCUUUCCGGCUAGGUGAGGGCGCGAGCGAGCGAGCGGGCGAGCGAGAGUGGUGAGGGGGGACGAAAGCAGAAUUACCUGUAGCUCUUGUUCUGCCAUCUCGGGCGCUCUCACACACCUUCACCUGCACAGACUUGAAAGUCCAGUUUCACCAGAGGCUGAGGCGCCAGGAAAAGGGGAGCGAGUUCAUUGGAUCAAACAUGUCACAAGAGUCGGACAACAAUAAAAGAUUAGUGGCCUUAGUGCCCAUGCCCAGUGACCCUCCCUUCAAUAGCCGAAGAGCCUACACCAGCGAGGAUGAAGCCUGGAAGUCAUACCUGGAGAACCCCCUGACCGCGGCCACCAAGGCCAUGAUGAGCAUCAAUGGGGAUGAGGACAGCGCUGCUGCCCUCGGCCUUCUCUACGACUAUUACAAGGUUCCUCGGGACAAGAGACUUCUGUCUGUGAGCAAAGCAAGCGACAGCCAAGAAGACCAGGAUAAAAGAAACUGCCUCGGCCCCAGCGAAGCCCAGAGCACUCUGAGUGGAGGCGAGAACCGAGUGCAGGUGCUGAAGACGGUCCCGGUGAACCUGUGUCUCAGCCAGGACCACGUGGAGAGCUCGAAGCGCGAGCAGUACAGCGUGUCCAUCAGCGAGAGCCCGGCCGUCAUUCCGGUGUCAGGCAUCACCGUGGUGAAAGCCGAGGACUUCACGCCGGUGUUCGUGGCACCUCCGGUGCAUUAUCCCCGCGCGGACGGCGAGGAGCAGCGCGUGGUCAUCUUCGAACAGACCCAGUACGACCUGCCCUCUAUAGCCUGCCACAGCUCCUAUCUCAAGGACGACCAGCGCAGCACCCCCGACAGCACCUACAGUGAGAGCUUCAAGGACGGGGCGCCCGAGAAAUUUCGGAGUGCUUCUGUCGGAGCUGAGGAUUACAUGUAUGACCAGGCAUCAAGCGGAACCUUUCAGUACACCCUGGAAGCCACCAAAUCUCUCCGUCAGAAGCAGGGGGAGGGCCCCAUGACCUACCUCAACAAAGGACAGUUCUAUGCCAUAACCCUCAGCGAGACCGGAGACAACAAAUGCUUCCGACACCCCAUCAGCAAAGUCAGGAGUGUGGUGAUGGUGGUCUUCAGUGAGGACAAGAACCGAGAUGAACAGCUGAAAUACUGGAAAUACUGGCAUUCCCGGCAGCACACAGCCAAGCAGAGGGUCCUGGACAUUGCCGAUUACAAGGAGAGCUUCAACACCAUUGGGAACAUCGAAGAGAUCGCGUACAAUGCUGUUUCCUUCACCUGGGAUGUGAACGAAGAGGCAAAGAUUUUCAUCACCGUGAAUUGCUUGAGUACAGAUUUCUCCUCCCAAAAGGGCGUGAAAGGGCUUCCUUUGAUGAUUCAGAUCGACACAUACAGUUACAACAACCGCAGCAAUAAACCCAUCCACAGAGCAUACUGCCAGAUCAAGGUCUUCUGUGACAAGGGAGCAGAAAGAAAAAUCCGAGAUGAAGAAAGAAAACAGAACAGGAAGAAAGGGAAGGGCCAGGCCUCCCAAAGCCAGUGUAACAACUCCUCUGACGGGAAGCUGGCCGCCAUGCCUUUACAGAAGAAGAGUGACAUCACCUACUUCAAAACCAUGCCCGACCUGCACUCGCAGCCCGUGCUCUUCAUCCCGGAUGUUCACUUCGCAAACCUGCAAAGGACUGGACAGGUGUAUUACAACGCAGAUGAUGAACGAGAAGGCAGCAGCGUCCUUGUUAAACGGAUGUUCCGGCCCAUGGAAGAGGAGUUCGGCCCGACGCCAUCCAAGCAGAUUAAGGAGGAAAACAUAAAGCGAGUGCUUUUGUAUGUAAGGAAGGAGAAUGAUGACGUGUUCGACGCACUGAUGCUGAAGUCACCCACGGUGAAGGGCCUGAUGGAAGCGCUCUCUGAGAAGUAUGGACUACCCGUGGAGAAAAUCACAAAACUUUAUAAGAAGAGCAAAAAGGGCAUCCUGGUAAACAUGGAUGACAACAUCAUUGAGCACUAUUCCAAUGAGGACACCUUCAUCCUCAACAUGGAGAGCAUGGUGGAAGGCUUCAAGAUUACACUUAUGGAGAUAUGAGCCCUGGUCCAAGUCCCCUCCACAGGAGCUUUCUUCAGUGCACUCCUCCCUGGGAUGGAUGGGAUCCUUGCGGCCCCGGAACCUGGAGAUCCAUCUCACCCACCUCACAAGGCUGUUACAAAGACUGCUGAAAGGGGGCGGGGCCCAAGGCCCUGUGACUGCCAAUGUUCGGCUCUUCCACUUGCUCCCCGUGGAGCUAAAGCUUGAGCCCCUCAGCAAAUUUCUUUAGGCCUGCCAGGCCCUUAUUUAUUGCCCAUUUCUCCCCAAGAGCCUGGAGACCCGGCCCUCCAGGACUCCAGUUACUGAUGGCUUCGUGUAAGACACCCAGAGUUUCUCCUUCAAGGGAAGCACAGCCGGUCCACCCAUCUCGAAGAGCCUGGGAAGCCGCUGUGUUUCUCUUAGCUCUCCACAUCUCUUGAGUGAAUGGUCAAGAUGAGCUGCUGCUUGGUGCAGUCUUCAUGGAUGGGGUAAGAAGGACACCAUUUUCUGGCCCCAAACUUUCAGAUAGCUCUGAGGAAGGUUAUUUUACUAAAUACCUUCAGGGGAUCUCUCAGCAAGUAGCCACUGGGCCAUGUACAGGAAGACAUUCCGCUACCAUGUCAGUAAUAAGGAACACAACGUAUGCCUGGUAACGUGUAUAUAUUUUGUACAUAAUAUUGUGAUAAUAUAUUUUAUCUGUGGUGUAUGGGCAUGUUUACUGCCACUGGCCUGGAGGAGACACAUACCCAGAGAUAAGGAGCAUUCUGCUCUAUCCAAGAGGAGGUUAGGAAAGUGGUCCUUGGGGUGCUGUGUGACUGUGGUGAGUGCCAGGAUAGACUCUUCCUUGGGCCAUGCCCGAGGCCUUGUUUCCUGUCUCCAGAUGGAGCCCUUUUUCCUCAAACUUCCUUGAGCCCAUCGUAUUUUAUCUCAUGGCUAUAUGUCUGGGCAAGGCCAUACCGCCAGUGCCUUGUUUAGCUCUGUAUGGGGCAUCUUCAGCCUUUUGAAACGUUUCUGCAGGGGUUUACCCUGGGGCCCUGUCGCUGGGACCUGCUGCAGAACUGCUUGGCCGACACUAGGAUCCCGGACACAGAAGAGCCUCACGGUUUACAUGCAUGUCCUUCAUCUCAAGUGGCCCCCUUGAAAACCCAACUGCAGUUUUGCAAAGCGAGCCAGCAGCUCGGCUGGGCUGUGACUAGCAGGUGUGGCAUCUCGUUGCUUCUGGAGACCGGAAGAGAUGAGGUUAUCC